UCUCCUUUAAUUUUUUUCGUAAUAGUUGGCUUCUGACUUAUUUAUGAAUCGUAUUUUUUGACGUUCCACAUCGGCAGUUUUAACAUCAUCAUCGAAAUGAAGAACUCCAGCGAUAUAUUCUUUCUGAAGGAGAGCGAAAAUCCCAGUAACGAUUUGUGGUCGAUAAAAGGUAUCAGUCCCAUGAAAAUCAGACGGAGACCCAGCACCGCACAAAACGACUGUUUCGAAUAUGGUCGCAAUGUACUUAACGGCAGCGAUAUGGAUAAAGCUGUAGAGAAGAAUGAGGUGGGCGAAAUUCCUUCUAAUGAAGAUCAGGCUGGUAACGCUGGCAAACCAGCAGUUGGAACGAUCAGCAAUAUAGAGUGCCGACAGCAAAAAUCUUUGGUUAAAAAAACUGUGCCCAGACAGUCCGAUGAAGUGUCCAGUUCCAACAUGGCUCGGAAUCCAAUCACUGGAUUGGGAAUGGAUAUAAACGAGUAUAAAUUUCCGAAAUUGUGAAUCUGGUGCUUUCGUUUCGAUUUAAAAAUUACGGUUUUUAAGCUUUUAUUGGCAGAUUACAGCACUGAUUCAAUGUAUGUUUAUUGGGACCAAAAUAUACUUC